UCUUCUAUGUGAGCAGUGAGUGUAUUUUCUCUCCUCCUUCACAACCAAUUUAGCACACGGUUUCCUAUUCCUUAACCAGGAAGCUGAAUUUUACAUAUAUAGCCACAUUUUCCUCUCUUUCAUUACAAAUUCAACCUUAAAUUCAACAGCUUGAAAAUGGAUGUGAAAAUUGGAAAAUUCUUCGAAUCGAUCGGCGAUUUCUUUACGGGUGGAGAUCAAAUUCCUUGGUGCGAUUCUGAUAUAGUCGCUGGAUGUGAACGUGAAGUCGCUGAGGCAGAAAAAGGUUCAUCUGAUGAACUUAAAAGUGAAUGCAUUAUGCGUUUGUCUUGGGCUCUUGUUCACUCAAGAAGGCCUGAAGAUAUACAGCGUGGGAUAGCAAUGCUUGAAGCUUCUUUGGGUGGCAGUAACAGUCCCCUGCAAAUGAGAGAAAAACUUUAUCUUCUGGCUGUUGGUUACUAUAGAAGUGGGGACUUUCCAAGAAGCAGGCAGCUUGUUGAUCGUUGUUUGGAGAUUGCACCAGAUUGGAGGCAGGCGUUGACCCUCAAGAAAACAAUUGAAGAAAAAAUUACUAAAGAUGGAGUUAUUGGCAUUGGCAUCGCUGCUACUGCUGUUGGAGUUUUGGUCGGCGGAAUUGCAGCUGCGUUGGCCCGCAAGAAUUGACUUGCCAUAAACACCACUAGUGUGCAUAUUGA